AUGGGUCGCGGACGCGAUAACAGACAGGCCUGGGACGAGCCCGACCGACGCAGUCGCCACGGCGGAGGAGGAGGAGGAGGCCCUCGAGGAGACCGAGACCGCGAAAGCUACAGAGACCGCGACGGCGGCGGCGGCGGCAGGCGAGACGAUCGCGACAGGAGAGACGACGGCGCCAGGCGAUACCGCUCCCGAUCCCGCGACCGCCGCGACAGAGACCACCGCCCCAGAUCCAGAGACCGCGAGAGCGGUAACCACCGCCCGGGACGCGACGAUCGCGAUGGAGGCGCGAGGCCGCCGCGCAGAGACCGCGGUGGCUGGCAGGGCCGAGAUGAAAGGGACAGCAGGCGGCGCAGAGACAAUGAUGAACCGCCGGCGGCAUCAGCGGCGGAGGACGAGCGGCCUCCGAGGCGGCAGUUUGGUGAUGAUGAUGAGGGACGCAGUACACCGCGCGACAACAACAGAGACCGCAGACGAUCAGCCUCCCCACGCCGGAGCGGCAGCCCGCCGCAGCCUGCAACCCGUCGCGAGCAGGGCGGCGGCGGAUACACCGAGUCACUUCCCACGCGCACGGUUCAGAGAGGGAAGAAGGAGCAGCAGCAUACCAUGUCCUUCAAGGUCGGACGGCACGACUCGCCGUACGUCGAUAGCGGGAGGGACAGCGAGCGCGGCGGGGACACGCCGAUGAUGACGGGUGGUGGUGGUGGUCGGGACGAUCGAAGCGAGGAGGACGACGACGAACCUGAGCCCGAGGUCGAGGAUGACGAUAUGGCGGCCAUGCAGGCGAUGCUUGGCUUUGGCGGGUUCGGGUCGACAAAGGGCCAGAAGAUUGCGGGGAAUAAUGUCGGGACUGUGAGGAAGGAGAAGAAGACGGAGUAUCGCCAGUAUAUGAACCGACAGGGUGGGUUCAACCGGCCGCUCAGUCCUGGGAGAUGA